UGCGUCCGGAUUCUUCUGUCAGGUGAUCUCAUGUUUUCUAAAAGGAUUUAAGACAUGAGAGCUUCUCGGAGCUUUCAGAGAUCAGCUGUGACCGAACAUCCACCUCAGAGAUUUCUAAUCGUCAAACACAAAAGGCGCCAUCAUGACUUCUAAAAUGGUUGUUCGGCAACCUCAGCCUAUGAUGUAUUCCCAAGAGUCUGAUGAGUGGUCAAGUGGGAUCUGUGACUGCUGUCAAGAUGUGCCAGGGUGCUGUUGUGCUUUCUGGUGCUUGCCCUGCUUUGCCUGCAUAACUUCGAGAGAUUAUGGUGAGCCUCUCUGCCUCCCCCUGCUGGAGAUUUUCAGUGGUUUUAUCCCGGGAAUCACCAUGUCCAUGAGGGUCAACAUGAGACAGCGCUAUCGCAUCAGGGGCACCAUGUGUCGGGAUUGUGUGCUUUCGACUUUCUGUUGCGCCUGCAGCUGGUGUCAGAUGUCCAGAGAAAUGAAGAGUAGGAAUGUUUCAGUUGUUAUGGUCGGUGCCAAAAACACAUAACCUCUUCGCUCUUCAUCAUCACCACCUGGGCUGCUGGUUACUUAAUACAACACCAUCUGCGUGGAAUGUCAGUAACAUUUUACACCGAUGACUUCUUUGAGGAAGAGUAGUGUUCACGUCACUGACAGAAACGUGUCUGUAAAUAUGACUUUAUUAAAGGGAGACGGGAUCGUGGCUUGCUGACUAAAACAUUAUAGAAAUCUCUUAAUAAAUGUUAAAAAUAUAUAAUGA